AUGAAGAAACAGAAGCAGACCGAAAGCGCAGAAGGAACAACCGGCGUGGAUAACGUACCGGGAGGAGAUCGAUCUGCGACUGUGUUGGUUCAGUCCACCACGUUGGGAUUUAUCUGGAAACCUCCGGUGUUCGCGCACGGUCAGCUGUACGUGGCGCUGUCUCCAGUUACUUCCAAGAAGGUGAUCAAUAUCGCCAUCGACCCGAAGCAGAUAGACGAGGGCGGGAUGGUGCACACAAGGAACAUUGUGUGCCGAGAGAUUUUUGAGUAG